AUGGCUCCAGGGUUUUCCUUCACUAGAGCAGAGGUUCUAACAGGAAAACAAAUACAGAAGCCAAUGCAGGAUAAGAUCAGCACUACGAAACACCAUUUUGUGCAGGUGAAGCUGCAGCAGGUUUCUAGGAAAAGUUUCAUGAUGGCUACCUGGCAAAAGUAUUCUUCCCUGGGCCUGCUGGCUAUGGCCGUGCUAUUCGCGGCCAUUGACCAGAGUCAGGCUCCACCCCACCCCUUGGCACGUGUGGUCGUUGGCCAAAAUCAGGCUGCACCCCCACAAACACAAUGCCCUACCAACAUGGUUUAUGGCUGUAUGCGUACGUGUUUCAGUAACUGCGUUAACCUGAACAGCACGACUGACACCUGCAAUAGGGGGUGCAUGAUGGGAUGUGACUGCAAAGAUGGUUUCGUCUUUAAAUCCAAGGAUUCCACGACCUGUGUCCCUGCAUCCGAAUGUAAGGUCACUUGCCCCAAACACAUGACAUACAAUCCCUGCACUAAGGAGACACGCAAGACUUGCGCAACCAUGAACGAUCCCCCGGUAACUUUAGACAGCUGCCUGCCCCGCUGUGUCUGUGAUACAGGCUUCAUUCUCUCGAGUGAACGUUUUCCUCACUGCAUCAGCGAAUGCUCUUAAAACCUGCCAACUAACAUAUUAAUAUCAGCCAUAUAAAUCCUUUUCUGUAGAGCACACAAUAAGUACGGUGGGUGAUUUGGGGCCAAUAAAUUCCACUUUGCUUAAAUUUCUGCCUGCAUUCUCAAAUAAACUACAGUUGCAUUAUA